AAAAAUAUCUCGCUUUUAUAAUAACAUAUUUAAAGCAAUAUAUUUUUUAUUAUUAGGAGGAAACGAUUACCAGACUGUCGUUGGAAUAUAUCAGAAGUGACCCAUAUAAAAUAAGGAGCUGAGGAUGGAAGUUACCACAUUUUUCACAGGCAAUAAAAAAUAUCUCGCUUUUAUAAUAACAUAUUUAAAGCAAUAUAUUUUUUAUUAUUAGGAGGAAACGAUUACCAGACUGUCGUUGGAAUAUAUCAGAAGUGACCCAUAUAAAAUAAGGAGCUGAGGAUGGAAGUUACCACAUUUUUCACAGGCAAUAAAAAAUAUCUCGCUUUUAUAAUAACAUAUUUAAAGCAAUAUAUUUUUUAUUAUUAGGAGGAAACGUUUACCAGACUGAAGUUAGAAAAUAUGAACGAGAAAACUCAUGAAAAUAUCAGAGGUGACCCUAAGAAGGAGGUUGCAAAAUUACUCACAGGCAAUAAAAAAUAUCUCGCUUUUAUAAUAACAUAUUUAAAGCAAUAUAUUUUUUAUUAUUAGGAGGAAACAUGUACCAGACUGAUGGAAAAUAUGAACGAGAAAACUCAUGAAAAUAUCAAAAGUGACCCGAAGAAGGAGGUUACCACAUUAUUCAAAGGAGGAAACGUUUACCAAACUGAUGUUGGAAAAUAUGAACGAGAAAAUAUUAGAAAUGACCCGAAGAAGUUGUAAUUUAAUUACUUUCCAACCUUCUUCACCUUCUUGGACGCAUGCUACCACGCUGUUUCUAUCGCAACUUCACCUGCACUUGUUAUCCAGCCUAGAGCCUGCUGUUUUUGACUUCAAUUUUGCAGUUUUCGACUUCGCUUCAAUCGAGGAAACGUUUACCAGACUGAUGUUGGAAAAUAUGAACAAGAAAACUCAUGAAAAUAUCAGAAGUGGACAAAGAAGGAGGUUACCACAUUACUCACAGGAGGAAACUUUUACCAGACUGAUGGAAAAUAUGAACAAGAAAACUCACGAAAAUAUCAGAAAUGACCCGAAGAAGAAGGUUACCACAUUAUUCACAGGCAAUAAAAAAUAUCUCGCUUUUAUAAUAACAUAUUUAAAGCAAUAUAUUUUUUAUUAUUAGGAGGAAAUGUUUAACAGUCUGAUGUUAGAAAAUAUGAACGAGAAAACUCAUGAAAAUAUCAGAGGUGACCCGAAGAAGGAGGUUGCAAAAUUACUCACAGGCAAUAAAAAAUAUCUCGCUUUUAUAAUAACAUAUUUAAAGCAAUAUAUUUUUUAUUAUUAGGAGGAAACUGUUACCAGACCGAUGUUGGAGAAUAUGUACGAGAAAACUCUUGAAAAUAUCAGAAGGUGACCCAAAUGAGACAGGAAGCUGAAGAAGGAGAUUUCAACAUUCCUCGCAGGCAAUAAAAAAUAUCUCGCUUUUAUAAUAACAUAUUUAAAGCAAUAUAUUUUUUAUUAUUAGGA